AUGGGUUGGAGAAACAGAAGUUUUCUUCUCUUUGUUCUUGUUUUAUUUUUUGUCCAUGUGAUAGAUGCUAUGAAUUUCAGGAACAAUACCCAUCAAGCAGAAUACAAUCAGUUCCUUCUUGCCAAUGGGGUUGCUCGAACACCUCCAAUGGGUUGGAACAGUUGGAAUCACUUCCAAUGCAAUAUAAAUGAAAGCACUGUGAAGACUAUUGUGGAUGCUCUUGUUUCAACUGGAUUGGCAGCAGUUGGAUACACAUAUGUGAAUUUAGAUGAUUGUUGGGCUGAAAGAAACAGAGACAGUAGGGGUAAUCUCAGAGCAAAAUCAUCUACUUUUCCUUCUGGAAUCAAGACCCUUGCAGAUUAUGUUCAUGCAAGAGGCUUAAAACUUGGCAUAUACUCUGAUGCUGGCUAUAUGACCUGCAGCAACACAAUGCCGGGCUCACUUGGGCAUGAAGAGCAAGAUGCAAGAACCUUCGCCGAGUGGGGGGUCGAUUAUUUGAAGUAUGAUAACUGUUACAAUGAUGGUUCUAAGCCUCAAAAAAGAUAUGCUAGAAUGAGUUAUGCACUGCAAAAGGUUGGAAGGCCGAUUCUAUACUCCUUAUGCGAAUGGGGACAAGAGAAUCCUGCCAAAUGGGCUGGUUUGUAUGGCAAUGCUUGGAGAACUACAGGAGACAUUAACGAUACCUGGGCAAGUAUCACGUCGAUUGCAGAUCAAAACAACAUUUGGGGGAGAUAUGCAGGGCCUGGCAAGUGGAAUGAUCCUGAUAUGUUGGAAGUGGGCAAUGGAGGGAUGAGUCUAGAGGAGUAUAGAUCUCAUUUUAGCAUUUGGGCAGUUAUGAAAGCUCCUUUACUUAUUGGAUGUGACGUCCGAUCUGCAAGCAAAGAGACUCUUCAGAUCCUUGGAAACAAGGAGGUCAUUAAUGUUAAUCAGGAUCCAAUGGGAGUUCAAGCAAGGAAAUUGCGUUCAAAAGAUGGCCUAGAAGUGUGGGCAGGACCAUUAUCAAGGAAAAGAGUGGCGGUAGUGUUGUGGAACAGAGGCAGUUCAGUUGCUCCUAUAUCUGUGACAUGGAGGGACAUUGGACUCUCUCCGUAUAAGCCAGUUGUUGUCAGAGAUCUGUGGGCGCACUCAUUUGUUUCAAGGAACAAGCGUUUUCGGUUGACUGCAAAUGUUGCCCCUCAUGGUUGUAAGAUGUAUGUCCUAAGUCCCUACUAG